CUCUCUCUCUCUCUCUCUCUCUCUCUCUCUCUCUCUCUCUCUCUCUCUCUCUCUCUCUAUCUGGCAGUACUCAGCUCUGUUGGCAGGAGGGACCAGAAUAAAAACAGCAACACCAGACACAGGAGAGAAAAAAGACCAGUGAUCCAUUGGAGAGAGGGCCUUGCCUUUUCCUAAUUACGUCGUGUCCAGUUCCUUUUGCUUUUUUUUUUUUUUUUUUUUGAGACGUUUGUGAAGUGGUAAUUAGCUCUGUGAGAAUAAAACCAGCUGAUUUGGGUCGGGCUCGUGCAUUUUGGAGCCAGACGGCUAACGGGACGAUGGCGGCUCUUCUGCUCUGCUGUUUUCUCCUCAUGCUCCUCCACCCUUCUCUACAGGGAGGAGUGUAUGUGCCUCCAGGAGGGUUCGGAGGGGUUCCACAGGGAGGUGCUGGAGCCUUCCCAGGAGCAGGGGGUGUCCCAUUUAAACCAGCCAAAGCUGCAGGUUAUGGAAAUUUGGGAGCAGGUGGCUUUGGCACAGGAGGACUCGUACCUGGAGCGGGGUUUGGGGGGUAUGGUGGUGGCUUAUAUCCUGGAGGACUAAAACCUGCUAAACCAGGUCUUGGAGGGGGGGGUGCAGGCAGAGGUCCUUACCCCUACGACCCGAGCCUCGGCACCGGUACUGGAGCCAAAGCCUUAAAGCCUGGAAAAGGAGGUGCGGGUACUGGAGGAACUGGGCUUGUUCCUGGCACUGGGGGUACAGGUGCAGUUCUCCCAGGUGGAGCACCAGUCAUUCCUCAGACUGGACUGCCAGGAGUAGGGCCAGGUGUUAAGGCCGCAAAGCCAGGAAAGGCACCAGUGCCAGGCGUUGGAGUACCUGGAGCUUUUCAAGGUGGACUUGUCCCUGGUCAAGGAUUCGGAGGUCGAGGAGUUCUCCCAGGUGUAGCCACAGGAAGUGGGCUCAAGCCAAAGUCAGAUGCUGGAGGGGGCACUGGCUUCAUGCAGCCUGGCGUGUUUCAUGGGUACCCACUGAAAUCUCCCAAAGCUCCAGGUGGCGCUGCUUACACUGGUGGCAAACUUCCCUAUGGUUAUGGAGGCUUCGGGGGCAGUUCUGGAUUACCUGGUGGUACAGGAGGAGCUGGCACCAAGCCAGGAUUCCCCACUGGGACUGGUGUGGGGACCUUAGGCAUCUCAGCUGUGCAGGCCAAAGCUGCUAAGUACGGAGCUGGGAUCGGUGUCGGAGGUGUUCCAGGGGCUGGAGGACUUUACCCUGGUGUCGGGGGUGUUCCAGGGGCUGGAGGACUUUACCCUGGUGUCGGGGGUGUUCCAGGGGCUGGAGGACUUUACCCUGGUGUCGGAGGUGUUCCAGGGGCUGGAGGAUUUUACCCUGGUGUCGGAGGUGGGGUUUUUUUUUCACCUGCCCAGGCUAAAGCAGCUAAAUAUGCAGGUACUGGUGCUGGUUUAGGUGGAGCUGGCAGUGUACCAGGAGCUGGAGGAUUCUAUGGAACAGGAGGUGGGGGGGGUCUUUCACCUGCCCAGGCUAAAGCAGCUAAAUAUGGUGCUGGUGCUGGUUUAGGUGGAGCUGGUACUGGUUUAGGUGGCGCUGGUACUGGUUUAGGUGGAGCUGGCAGUGUACCAGGAGCUGGAGGAUUCUACCCUGGAACAGGAGGUGGGGGGGGUCUUUCACCUGCCCAGGCUAAAGCAGCUAAAUAUGGUGCUGGUGCUGGUUUAGGUGGAGCUGGUACUGGUUUAGGUGGCGCUGGUACUGGUUUAGGUGGAGCUGGCAGUGUACCAGGAGCUGGAGGAUUCUACCCUGGAACAGGAGGUGGGGGGGGUCUUUCACCUGCCCAGGCUAAAGCAGCUAAAUAUGGUGCUGGUGCUGGUUUAGGUGGAGCUGGUACUGGAUUAGGUGGCGCUGGUACUGGUUUAGGUGGAGCUGGCAGUGUACCAGGAGCUGGAGGAUUCUACCCUGGAACAGGAGGUGGGGGGGGUCUUUCACCUGCCCAGGCUAAAGCAGCUAAAUAUGCAGGUGCUGGUGCUGGUUUAGGUGGAGCUGGUACUGGUUUAGGUGGUGCUGGUACUGGUUUAGGUGGAGCUGGCAGUGUACCAGGAGCUGGAGGAUUCUACCCUGGAACAGGAGGUGGGAGGGGGGUUUCACCUGCCCAGGCUAAAGCAGCUAAAUAUGCAGGUGCUGGUGCUGGUUUAGGUGGAGCUGGUACUGGUUUAGGUGGUGCUGGUACUGGUUUAGGUGGUGUUGGCAGUGUACCAGGAGCUGGAGGAUUCUACCCUGGAACAGGAGGUGGGGGGGGUCUUUCACCUGCCCAGGCUAAAGCAGCUAAAUAUGCAGGUGCUGGUGCUGGUUUAGGUGGAGCUAAUACUGGUUUAGGUGGAGCUGGCAGUGUACCAGGAGCUGGAGGAUUCUACCCUGGAACAGGAGGAGGUCCUGGAGUGCUCACACCCGCUCAGGCCAAAGCUGCUAAAUAUGGUGUUGGAGCUGGUUUAGGUGGAGCUGGUUUAGGUGGCGCUGGUUUAGGUGGAGCCGGAGUUUAUCCCGGAUUAGGUGGUGCUGCAGGACUUACGCCUGCCCAGGCCAAAGCAGCUAAAUAUGGUGCUGGAGCUGGAACAGGAGGAACAGGGUCUGGCUUGCUUCCAGGAGCUGGAGGAGGUCUUCCCGGAACAGGAGGACUUACACCUGCUCAGGCCAAAGCAGCUAAAUACGGUGCUGGACUGGGAGGGGCUGGAGGUGUACCAGGCUUUGGGGGGGCCACAGGUUCUGGACUGGGAGGGGCUGGAGGUGUACCAGGCUUUGGGGGUGCCGCAGCUAGCUAUGCUGCUGCAAAAGCUGCAAAAUAUGGUCCAGGGCGCAUAGCAGGAGUGGGAGGAGCUGGCGGUAUUCCAGGGACAUUACCAGGGUUCGGAGUGGUCAAGCCCCCCUCAUAUGGAUAUCCAGCCAGUGCCAAAGCCCUUAAGUACGGUCCUGGUGCUGCUGGUUUUGGGGUUCCAGGAGGUGUACCUGGCACUAUGCCUGGAGCUGGGGGAGUGGGAGGAGUCGUACCUGCAGCACCAUUUGCAGGUUAUGGAUCUGGGCUGAAACCUCCUAAAGCUGGAGUUGGAGGGGCAGGUGUAGUCCCUGGAACUGGAAUUGGAGGGGCAGGUGUAGUUCCUGGGCAAAUCCCAGGAGCACCAGUUUAUCCAAGUGGAGUUAAGCCUCCAAAAUAUGUUGUGCCAAGCACUGGCGUGUCUGGAACAGGUGUCCCAGGAGGACCAAGCAUUCUGACUCCAGGGGGCACAGGUGUUCCUCUUAUACUUGAGAGGCCAGCCAGGGUCCCAACUCUGGCCCCUGAUGGAACGUCUGGUCCAGGACCGACGGCUAUUGUCACCCCGGGCCAGGUCCCAGAGCCCAGUGCAUCUGGAGUAGUUCCAGGAGCCCUGCAGCCUGGGGUUGGAGCUGGAGUGAUUCAGCCCAGUGGUGUACAGCCUGGAGCUGUUGUUAAACCCCCCAAGACUGGAGGAGUUGGUCCUGGUGCAGUCCCCUAUGGUGGCUAUGUGCCUCCUUUCGCUGGAGUCGUGCCACCAGGGGGCAGUGUUGGAGCCUUACCAGGCGCCAAGCCACUCAAGGCACCGGGUGUAGGAGGACCAGGUGCUGUCGCAGGGGUGGGAGGAGUGGGUGGAAUAGCACCUGCAACAGGUGUGAGGUACCCUACAGCUGUUGGCCUUGGAGCUGCUGGCAAACUCCCUAAACCAGGUUAUGGCUCACUGGGUGCAGGUUUUCCACAGCCAGGUGCUGUAGCCCCAGGAAGUUAUGGAGGGUUCCCACAGGCCUAUCCAGGAGCAUAUGGAGUAGGGCUGUCACCACAGCAGGCCAAAGCAGCCAAAUACAGGGCACUGCAGGGCUUCCUGGGUGGAGGAUACAGAGGUGGUGCAGGGUGUCAAGGAAAAUACUGCAGCGGGAAGAGAAAAUGAAGACAAUCUCCUGAAAUGUUCAGUGACCUCAAGUAACCCCAUGGUGCUACUGCAUGAUCAAGAAUGUACAUUUGAUAUGCAAAAAAAAGAGAAAAAGAAAAAAAAUCCUAUCAUGUUCAAAUAAGUUUUAUACAUACAUGAAAUACACAUUUGUACACAUUCAAAGCCAAGCCCAUAUAAAAGUGAUAUUGUAUGGUGCAGACUGAUAUUAUCAGUUGUUCAUGUUACAGGUUAAAAUCUUGUUGUUUCUGUUUGUAGACAUGGUCAUCAAAUCUAACAACCAAUGAAUAGCCAAGCUCAUUAUCUAUCAUAGUUAUUUUGCAAUUGCAUAAUUUGAGGCACCUUGAUAUAAUUUCAAUAAGAUCUAAGAUAGUGAUAGUACAGGGAAUGGCUGACAGACUGGUUAUCAUACCACUAGGUUGCCAAGAAGCUGUCACCCUGGCGAUGAUCUCAAACUCAGUUCUUCUUUGGCUUGGGGUUUUGUCACCAUUUCUAACUUGAAAAGGACACACUGUUCCGCCCGGUGCUAAUGGUUCUCUGAGAAACCUGUCACAACACGACUCAAAUGUUCUUCCCCAGCCUCAGGCUUUGGGCAUUGGCUGUACACUUUAGCAUACAAGCCAAGUGGAUAUAUGUGUAAAAAAUAGGCCAUUUUGAACCUGAGUUCAUUAAGGUUCUUGUAUUGCUCCCUGAUGUGGGGAAGGGUGUUUCCAUCACGUGGGCCACAAAGCUCCUUUAACUAUCAGAUAUGCUCAGAAUAAAACAUUUAUUUCAUAUUCCUACAGUAUGUCUGAUCAUUUAACAACAGGUUAAUGUGCUUUUUCUUGUUGUUUGUUUGCACCGUUUGAACUUGACCUUUUGACAUCAUUACCAAGUUUGUACACAUAUUAUGACAGUAACUAAAUUUUGUUUUUGUUUUUUUGUUUUUUUAAGUUCGCUUUCAGUACCUUAUGCAUUUUAGUCACUGUGGAAAUUUGUAAUACUGUAUAAGAUUUUUUAAGAUGUGAGCUGCCAGAGAGAGAAUGAUGUCAGUGUGUGUGUGUGUGUUUCACCCCUUAAAACUGUUGAUUAUAUGUAUGAAUGUAUUUUAUCUAAUUGACUGAGCUUCUCUUAAUAAGCGUCACUAGCCAAUGUAUUACCAAUCAUAUUAAAUUCAUUGACCUAAAUAAUUAAUUUUCACAUUGGUAAAUUGUACUGUUAAUCUAAAACGACACUUUAACUGAGCUGUUCCUCCCGGGUGCUGUGUCUGUCAGCGCUACCAUGUCCUACUUGUCUACUGUGCAGUGGGAAUGUCCAUCGUUAUUUAAUAAGGGGUGGGGGUAUUGCACUUUUCCCACCACGCACAUUUGACUUGUUCCCGGAAAUCUUUUACCUGCUUCAGUGAAAACGAAAUAAAAAUGUUCUAAAUAAAACUA